AUGGGCGAGCCGGCCGUGAAGCUCAUCGGCACAUUCGGCAGCGGGUUCAGCCACCGUGUGGAGGUGGUCCUGAGGCUUAAGGGAGUUCCCUACGAGCUCGUCCUAGAAGACCUGCGCAACAAGAGUGACCUGCUGCUCACGCACAACCCUGUCCACAAGAUGAUCCCCGUCCUCCUCCAUGGCGACCGGCCGGCCAUCUGCGAGUCCCUCGUCAUCAUCGAGUACAUUGACGAAGCCUUUGCCGGACCAUCAAUACUCCCCACCGACCCGCACAAGAGGGCCGAGGCCCGCUUCUGGGCUCGCUUCAUUGAUGAGAAGUUUGCAAGGUCGUUCUGGAUGUCGUUCUGGUCGACCGCCGACGUCGGCGGCAAGGUGCAGGAGGCCUUUGUGAAUGAAGCCAAGGGGAACCUGCUGCUUUUGGAGGGGCAACUGAACGGGAACAGUUUCUUCGGCGGCGACACCAUAGGCCUCGUGGACAUCGCUGCCGCCGGCCUUGCCCACUGGCUUGGCGUCUUCGAGGACAUCUGCGGGGUGACACUAGUCACCAACGAGGAGUUCCCCGGUCUCACCCGCUGGGCGAAAGCCUACAUCGAGGAUGAGCACGUCAAGCAGUGCCUGCCGGAGAGGGGUCAGCUUGUUGCCAUGUUCUCCGCGUGCAGAGAGAUGUUCCGAGGGAUGCCGACGGCGCCGAAGUGA